AUGGGUUAUUUAAUGCCGACAAAAUUUUUAUUGCUGGUAAUAUUUUCUUUCUUUCUUUCUAUCUAUCUAUCUAUCUAUCUAUCUAUCUAUCUAUCUAUCUAUCUAUCUCAAUUUUUAAUGCUGGUAAUAUUUUCUUUCUAUCUAUCUAUCUAUCUAUCUAUCUAUCUAUCUAUCUAUCUAUCUCAAUUUUUAAUGCUGGUAAUAUUUUCUUUCUAUCUAUCUAUCUAUCUAUCUAUCUAUCUAUCUAUCUAUCUAUCUAUCUAUCUAUCUCAGAGGGCAUAUGAGAGCAGAGCAGCGGUAAUAGCUUCUUUUCGCGUCGGGAAAGAGCCUGCGGAAAUGAUGGCCCGGUUUUGGUUCAAGAGAACCAUGAUAAUGCAUAUUCGGAGGAAGUGGAAGGUGUGUGAGAACAAGAACGAGUUUACUGCCAAACGAAAGGCCCACAACGUUCGUUCUUCGGCCGUUAGGACCGAGGGAGUUCGUCGCCGCUAUCAAGGGAGACCGUCGACAAUGACCAAUGGGCUGUCACAAGUCGACGAUCUGCCGAACGAUCAAGAAGGACAUUGGUUACUGCUCCUACCGCAAAUUUCACCGCAUGCUCAUCACGAUGCCUCUAAGGAGUCCAGGAAGGUCAAGGCGCCGGCUUUGCUGAAGGAGCUCAAACACGGGUAG